AUGCGACGUCUGUUUGUGGAAUGGUUACCAUACAUCCUUAUGAUGCGAACGCCGGAUCAUCCAAGGGCACCGAAACCGAAGGUGAUUGGUAAGAGCGUACUGCCAAUUCAUCGUCUUAGCACACUGCCAAUUCUCAAUUUGCCUCGACAUUCUGAAGUUAAUGCUGCAAUUCGAAGCAGCUCAAAGAUUCAGAAGGAGAAACCCUUACCCUACCUAAAAUACUUCUACCAGUUCUGUGAUGAUCUGAAAGCGAUCAACGAAGAUUUGGAAAAGAUGACCGCUGUGAUUAAAGAGACAUAUGAACAUGAGAUGGUCAUUUCAGAGAAACCGUUACCCUACCUAAAAUAUUUCUACCAAUUCUGUGAUGAUCUGAAGGCGAUUAAUGAAGACUUGGAGAAGAUGACCGCUGUGAUUAAAGAGACGUAUGAGCAUGAAAUGGUAAGGUUCUUCCUUAGCACCAGAAAUCAACUGUACAAGAAAUGCAGCCGAUUCCUCUAG